GGCUAGACAUAGUCAAAUCAGUUCAAGGCCCAAUAUAAAAAUGGGCGAAUUCGAUUUGUUCCCAGCAAAUGAAAUUGACAGCGGAGGGGAAUGCAGGCAGUAUCAUAUUCUCCAGCGCGAAGGUAGAGCGGGAGAGGAGAAGGUGUACUGAGAUGAAGGACAGCUCAAACAUGCUCCAAAUCUUAUGUAAGUUCUCCAUGGAGCAGCCUGAGGAAAGAAAUCAAACUUCUUCUUUCCAUGCAAUCGAUUGUAGUUGAAGAAAUUUUGGGCACGGUGGGAGUAAAUCAUCUCCCUGAAUUGAGCCCUCAUUUCGAUGCGGGAUGCUGCGUGGGAGAAAAGGGAAUAUUUUCCCCUAUCCAUAUUGUCCUGCAACAAAAGCCCUGUAAAGCAAGCCUGUUCAGUUUCCAUGUAUGUAUAGACAACCAAUGCAUAUACCCCACCUAGAUCCUACCGCUUUACCCGAAAUUGUCCGAUAGCCAAACCCCACAUAUAAUCCUUUACCCACACCUCCUUUUCGUGUUCCCUCUUGCCGCAAUAUCAAAUUCCUUUUUUUUACAGGACAAAUAAUUGAGUUGAAUCACCAAUGGCCGAUAGAGAGAGCCCCAAGAAGGCAGCGAUGGCUAAUAACGUCAGUAACAAGAAGAAAAAGAAGAGGGGAGGUGCUAAGAGGAGAAUGACUGUGGAGCAGACUGUGGCAUACAAGGCUGUAAGUGAAUGGGUGUUCUUGGACCGCUCCAAUAGUUGUGGCAAUUCCGUGGCCUCUGCGGAUGGAUUUCUUGAUGAUUUUGAGUUGCAGUGGUACCAGCCAAAGGAAAAGCUUGUUUUUGAAUUCCAUUGCCACACAACAUGCAGUGAUGGAUUCUUGUCCCCUGCCAAGCUUGUUGAGAGGGCACAUCAGAGAGGGGUGAAAGUGCUGGCUGUAACAGAUCAUGAUACGAUGGCCGGUAUCCCUGAGGCAAUGGAUGCAGCUCAAAGAUUUGGCAUCAAAAUCAUUCCAGGCGUUGAAAUUAGUACAAUUUUCUACUCAAGAGGAGACUCAGGACUCGAAGAACCUGUCCACAUCCUCGCAUAUUACAGUAGCUGUGGACCAACAAAACCUGCAACAUUGGAGACAUUUCUGUCGAAUAUCCGUGAUGGGCGGUUUCUUCGUGCUAGGAAUAUCGUGUCAAAGCUGAACAAACUCAAGCUACCAAUUAAAUGGGAAAAUGUUGCGAAGAUUGCAGGUAAAGGCGUGGCCCCUGGACGCCUUCACAUUGCUCGUGCUAUGCUUGAAGCAGGACACGUCGAAAAUCUGAAACAAGCUUUUAGCCGAUAUCUUUAUGACGGCGGACCUGCAUAUUCCACCGGAUGUGAGCCUGUUGCCGAAGAAGCAGUGCAGUUAAUCUGUGAAACGGGUGGCGUUGCAGUAUUAGCUCAUCCAUGGGCGCUGAAGAAUCCUGCUGCCAUAGUCAGAAGACUCGCAGAUGCUGGUCUACACGGUGUCGAGGCUUAUAGAAGUGAUGGCAAAUUGUCUGUGUUCUGUGAUUUAGCGGACGCCCACGACCUUUUGAAACUUGGAGGAUCCGAUUAUCAUGGGAGAGGGGGACAACAUGAGUCUGAUGUGGGAAGUGCAUCUGUCCCUGUAUUGGUUGUCCAUGAUUUCCUCAAGGUGGCUCGACCAAUUUGGCGCGACGCCAUCCGAGAAAUACUUGAGAACUACAUCAAAAAUCCAACCGACACGAACUUGCAAAAUAUCAUCAGAUUUGCCAAGAGUAAGACAUCCAAAGGUAACAUACCAAGUGAAUUGAUCAACCAGUGUUUGUCGACAUGGUUGUCGAAGGAAGAAAGGGACUCUGCAGAAUUCGAGACCAUCAAACUCGAACUUACCCGGGCAUCGGAUCCCUGAGAAAGAUGAGGCCGAGUUGGGUUUGUCCUUUUUCAUCGAAUAUAACUUCAGCGGCGGCAACGCGACAAAGAUGGAUCAAUCAGUCAGUCAGUCAGUCUUCAUUGAUCAAAUCACAGGUUUCUUCUCCCUUUCUCAUCCAUUUUUAUUACAUAUUUGCUUCAGUUCAAGUUACAUUAUAGUUCCAAAUAUUAUAACGUGCUUAUUUAUUA